GUACCCAGCACUGUACUUGCAGAAAGUACACAAAGAUAAACAAGCUGAAGUCCUCAAGCAGUUUAUGCUUAGGUAGGCAGACAGGUAAGAAACUGUGUGGUUAAAGUACAGGGAUAGAUUCUCUUGUAGUGAUUGAGUGGGUGAGUUUUAUUCUUGUUAGGAAAUUGGACCUACAGUCUUGUAUGUGCUAAACAUAGUUCUACCUUUCCCUUACGGGCAGAUUUUAGAAGGCUUGAAGUUGGGAAGGGUGCCAUCCUUUGUGCUUACUAUCUCAUGAAGUAAUGUGCUGUGCUAAAGGUCAGUUCCCUCCGGUGGAGCUGUGUAAUGUCUCGUCUGUCACUCAGUCUGAUUGCUACAUCUUACAAACUGUAUUUAGAGUGGCUGCACUGGUUCCCAGUGUCCUGAAGCCGCCAGUCAGAACUCUAACAUACUGCAGCAAACGGAAAGGCAAGAGGAAGACAGUAAAAUCGGUUGUGCAUCGGUUCCUGCGACUUCAUUCUGGCCUUUGGUUGAGGAGAAAGGCGGGCUAUAAGAAAAAAUUAUGGAAAAAGACAACGGCAAGAAAGAAGCGCUUGAGGGAAUUUGUGUUCUGCAACAAGACCCAGAGUAAACUCCUAGAUAAAAUGACGACGUCUUUCUGGAAGAGGCGCAACUGGUACGCUGGUGAUCCUUACCAGAUGUACCACGAUCGAACGAACCUGCGAGUAUAGUUCAGAGCUUUCCUAGGUUCCCAGCUGCGGAAUGUGGAUCUCUGUGUACAUGUCCUUGCAGAAGUGAGUAUGUGAUAAACUGUAAACUGUAUCACCUGAUAGACAAACAGAAUAGCAGCAUUGUGCUCUAAAAUAAAGGUCCAUGCAUUAAACAUCCUGGAGUUGGUCAUGGAACUGAAAGUUA